GAAAUGGAAUAUUCUUCUGGCUCUGAUCAUAUUCUCCCAGUACAAAGGACAAGUGAGGUUUACCUCUCCGGACCUCGGUUUACUGACACCAGUCCUGAUGCUCGUACAAGAUCAAGGAGAACCAACGGUAUCGGUCACAGGAACCCUUCUUCCAAACAUGAUGGUUUGUCAUGGCAACAGUAUAAGGUGCUUGCUACCAGAAGGAAAGAAGCCCAAAGUCACACUGGGAGGAUGGAUGUAGAAGGGAUGAAUGGGAGGAGUUUUGCCUCUUCUGAGAACCCGUUCAGAACUUCUGCUGACAUCCACCGCCAUGAAUUUGAAGGUCGUCAUGAACCUGAUGAUCAUCAAGAAAGAUUCCUUCUUGAUGGGUUGACUGGACAUCACAGUCCUUCCCCACUCUCACGUUCAGCAUUGGACACAUUCCAUAGCCAGGCAGAUCCCAGUGGAGAUGACAUGAAACAUAGUCGCGAUGCAAGAAUGUCCACACUUGUGAAUGGCCACAGUGAAUUUGAUCCAGUAAUGAAUGACUUUGAAGACUGUGAGUUUGAGCAGGAAUACAUGCAUGAUGGAAGGCUCCAAAGGCCUCAUUCAUCCGGAACAAAGAGACGUCAUCCUUCACCAUCCUUCUGCCAGAUUGAAGAAGGCAAUGCUAGGUUAGAUCUUGGGGAAUUUGUGCCUCCAGGACCUACAGUAGAUGGGCACACUUCAGACAGCCAAACAGCAUCCAUAUACAGUAUUUCAGAAUUCCAAAGAGCAGAAUCCCAUAGAGUUUCAAAGAGAACAAACAUUCAAAGACAGCAAGGUCAAAGGCAGGUUGCUAACAGUAUUAUUUCCAGAACAAAUUCAAGUGAUUCCGAUGUUGAUUUGAGCGAACAUAGAAAAUUAAAUGCUCACAGCCAAAAUCAUGAGCAGGUACAGUCUAUGCUUCCAGCAGUAUUGGAACAAAAACAAAGUAGUGCUCACCUGACAAUUCAAAGUCUUCCGCCGUCAAGUUCAUCAGCAUUGGAUAGGACAGCCUCUGGCAACACUUCAUCCCUUGACCUGAAGCGACCAAGAAGGAGAAAGCUGGAAACUGAGUUUUCAAACUCGCAGACAUCCAUGAGUGAAGCAAUUAAAACAAGUCAGUUUGCAGAAGGUGAUGCAAAGCCUUUAAGAUUAAGUGGCAGAACAGACCUGAAUGUCCAACCUGAUUUCCUAAGAGAUGGAACGGUGCAUGAUCCUGUGCUUCCUUCUCUAUUAUCGUCAGACUUUAUGGGUACAUCUGUCCAGGAAGACCGUAGGAUUUCCUCUAGGCAGCUUCAGGAACCUGACUACCUGUCGAUGCAUCAGCAAGAGGGUCACAACAGUCAGCCUAACCAAAGUGAAACCGGAAGUAAGGGCUCAUUUCAUGGAACUCCUGAAUCGUCUGGAAACUUCAGAAGUCUUUUCGUUUCUCCAUCAUAUACACAUGUGGUUCAUCCUCAAAGGAGUGCACCAGAUCUACUGAAGUCUUCCAGACCAAUGAACUGUGCAUAUCCUGAUGGAUUUGAUCCAGUGCAGGAUCUUCUGACGUUCUCAACAACACAAUCAACAACCAAAGGACCAACAAAUGCCAAAGCAGCUUUGCAUUCUAUGAGAAGUCGUGAGCCAAGUGGUGUGAGAACAAUCAAUGAUUAUUUAUUGACUACCUCAAAAGGUUUAUCGUCGCAAUAUUCAUCAGCAUUGUCUUCAUAUUCGGUACAAUCACCAGAAGUUCUUGAUAAGCUGCCAUUGCAGAAAACCUCUGCUCUGGAAGGACACCUUGCUCAGCAUUAUACAAAUACAGGUUUCUCAAGUACAAAUCAUCAGUUAGAAAGAUAUGAGAAUGUACCCAGUUCUUUGAACCAAAGCGCACAUAGAUUAACACAUUCCAAUCACUCAAUACUUGAUCACCAGUCUAGCAUUAAGACUACUGCAGAUGGUGAUGCUCCACAAUCCUUUAAAAGAGACUGGUACCAACUCUCUGGAUCACACAGUACAUCUUUUCAGCAUCAGGAUCUUCAGGAUUUCCUCCCAGAAGGGGAUAAAUUACCAUUCUCCUUGCAAGAGAGAAGGAUGGAGCUUCAAAGAGCCAUGAACUAUCAUUUAGAGGAGGAACCACACCAGGAUCUCUAUGCUGAUACAUCAAGUCAUGGUGAUAAGAGGCUGAGAUGCUCUGCGGAUUCCGCUUCAAAGAUAAGAGGAAGUCUUUCAGAGAUGAGUUUCUCCACCACCAGGGGCAGCCCACGUCGAGUCACCUCCAUCCUGUGGGUAUUCAAACUGUUAGACAUACUGCACAACCAUCCUGUGGAAAAACAUGAGGUCCUUGUUUCACAGUCAUACUGGUUUAGGAGAUGGUUGAGUAAGGUGAGAUUACUGAAGAUGAUCCGUCAAGAGGAGAAGACUAAGUGGAGAAGAGCUGUCAUCUACCACAAUAUCUCCGUCCAGCAGAAGUGCCUAAGGCAGUGGAUGGCUGCAGUGCAGUCAAGGAGCAAGUCAGCUAGACUCCUUUACCAGCACCGUCUUCUACACAAAGGACUCGGUGCAUUCAGGUUUGCUGUAAUGAGCAGUAAAGUCCAGGCGUUACAGCUGGAGACAAGGCUAAAGAUCACGACCCUUGCCAAGUAUUUCAACAAGUGGAGUACCCUUACACAGCUGCGCAAAGAGAAGGAAGCCAUCUUGGAGCAAAUAGCCUAUCAGCACGUCACUGUCAGAGCAUUCAGUGCCUGGAAAGAAGGCUACCAUGCACAGCAGAGAAUGGGCAUCGCAGAUCUCCAUUACAAAGUGGGUCUCUUGUCAAGGUGCAUAGAAAGCUGGAAGACGUAUCUUGCUCAUCGGAGGAGGAAGUUUUACCAGACGGAGGUAGCGAGGGUCUACCAUGAGGACAGUCUGGUCAAGAGAGCCUGGGUAACCAUGGCAACCAUCUGUGGUGAGAGACAAAAGGCCAGGAGACAAUAUAGGCGGUCCAUGCUGCGCAGGUCCUGGAGGGCAUGUAGGAGUGGCAUACAGAUCAUCAAGAUGGAGAAUCUUCAUGACAAUGCCAAGGCUGUGGUCUUCAGGGAGCGAGCAAUCCUCCAGAGGUUCUUUGCCGACUGGAAGGAGAGAGCCAAUGUCUCCAUGGUGACACACAGGAGGGAGAAAUCACAACUCAGUCAAGCCUUUGAACUUUGGAAACUGAAGCAUCACAGGAGGCAGGUGCUCUAUAUGAUCCUGGACUCCAAGGCUCGCAAGACUCGGAGGAAGAGGGCAUUCUUAGCAUGGAGGGAGCACACGCAGCGGUGCGCAGAGGCGCGACGGAAAGGGGUUAGGUUGAUUGAAAGGGUGCACAUGGGGGUCGUGAUGUCCGCGUGGCAGUCUUGGACAAGCAUUCGAAUAUGUCAUAGGCAAACUGUGCAAAGACACCUGGCCGUCCGCGAUGCCAGGACAGUGGUCAGUGCCUUCCGUGGGUGGAAACUCUGUUGGCUGAGGGAGAGGGCGCUACAUCAAGGUCUGGAGAGAUGGUCGGAGCGAUGCCUGAAGAGGGCAGCACAGCGAUGGAAACACCACGUCGUCAAACGCAGGCAAUGGGACCAGGCUGAGGAGCUAGUUAAACAGUCGGAGAAUGCUUGUCUGAGAAGGUCAUUCUCAAAGUGGGUCAAAGCCAAAGCUCAAUCUGACCAUGAGAGACAGAGGGCAGCAGACAUGCACUCUCUCUUACUCCACAGUCAGCUACACCGAACUUUCCUUGCUUGGAGGCUGGAGAUGAUGAUGACGAGAGCCGUCGGACCGUUGACUGAAAGGAGAGAGAAACGGUGUCUGGCCAAAGCAUUUGACAGCUGGAGAGAUAUUAUCACAAGGAAGAAAAUGGGACAGAACUUUGCUGAAAGGUGCAAGAACAGUAUCACUGCAAUAACCUUUAGAUAUUGGAGAAACCAGACCGAGUGUCGUCUCCACGCCAAGCAGGAGCAGGACUCCCAGGAGGCCAGCCUCAUCUUGGGAUGCUUCCAGGCCUGGCAGAAGCUCCACCAGAGAGAGACAACCAGGAGAACGUUCGCCAAGCAACGGGAGACGGGAUGCCUGAGGGAGGCGUUCACAUCGUGGAAAGCACAGGCGGCAGAGGCGGAGCUGGAGAAAGAGAUCCAGAUGGGAAAGGAGCAGAGAAGAUUUCUCCUUCAGAAGUUGUUUUUCAAGGCUUGGAGGAGAGCGAGCGGUGAAGAGGCAGAGCGGGGGAACGAGAGAUGCUCCGUGAUCCAAGACGGGCAUGCUGCAUCUACUCUCCUAGAGACGUGGAAGAGAUGGAGGAGAUCGUUGGAGGUUGAGCUGAAAGCAAGAUCACUUGCUGAGAAUAAUCAGCAUCGAAUGCUGGAGGAAAGCUUUCAUUCAUGGCACCGACACACCCAGCAAAGCAUGAGUGCAGCCGUAGGAAGAUUCCAUGCCAGGUUGAAUGAAUCCUGUAGUUCUCUUCAGAGUCCAGAACUCCAGCCUGCAAGCUUUCCAUCUUCACAAUCACCCUCCUCCUCCUCCUCCUCCUCCUUCUCUUCUUGUUCAUCAUCAUCGCCACCCCCUGCAUUGUUAUUAUCGAAGCUUCAGGCUCAUGGGAUGCUAUCUCCAUGUGCAUCAUCUCCAUCACCCCUGAGGGAGGCGUCUGUCCACCUUCAAGAGGAGUUGUAUACAGAGUUCUCCCAUUCUGUGAUGAACGGAAGAGCUGUUGAGCCAUCUGCAUGGCCUGGAUCUGCUGAAGACAUCGCAGCAAGAGAUGCGACUCCACAUGGACCAGAUCCCUCGGUGUAUACAUCGCUGGAUUGCAUCAGUAGAACUCCAUCCCCACUCCGGAAUCUACACCCUGGCAACUCCACCAGUGAUCAGGAAGAUGCAGACUUUGUACAUCCAAUAGCCUUUGAGGUCAAAGAUCAGUUAGAGUCAGGUGAAGGGUCAGUCAUAAGUCUAGAUCAAGGUGUUGAAUCGUCUGGUCGGAGCAUAGACUCCCAUCCCAGCCACAUUGGUGUCUCCUCCAUCGCCGACAGCGGUUACCAUGCCAAUGGAUUCAUGGUCUUCUCGAACGGGGAGUCGCAGCUGGACGGCAGCAGUGACAGCACCUCCUCCGUGCAAAGCGUGAAGGACACCGUCAGCUCCACCAAUGUCUUACGGAUGUCUCCACACAAGAACAACAACAACAACAGUGCAUCUCAGCUCCUGGAGCUAUCCCAGCACAGAGAGGAGUGGGUGGGGCUUACCAAACUCUGGUGUUCAACUGAAGACUCUCCAGGAAAAACAGAGGAUGACUACCCCUUCUUCAAGGAAAUAGCAUCUCCUGGAAGUGCUGGGCAAAAUGUAAAUGACAUGCUAAUCAUGGAGAAUGGCACAAGUCCACUCGGUUGUCACAGUGGUUCUGUGUCAUCCAGAGUCGGAUGCUUUCCAGUACAACAUGGUGAUGCAUUGCAUAGAUGUACAAAUGCCAUCAGGAACACCAGAGACAUGGAUAUGAUCGGUAUCGACGGAGAAACGAUGAACUUUCCAGCUGAAGCAUAUGUUGAGAUGGAGGAUGAUGACGAUGAUGGUGAAGACGAUGAUGAUGAUGGGGAGGAUGGGAAUGAUGUUCGUGGAUAUGAUGAUAACAUCAGUAAUGGAUCGCUUGGAUCUAGGAACUCAUUGCGAACCCCUGAGAAGUCUACUGCUCAGUUCAUAAAUCUGCAAAGAUUGACAGCCAUUAACAAUAAAAAGGCCUAUAUGACAUCGGUCAUCCUUCGCCUUCGGCUCUGGCCCGCCAGCGCUGCUUUCUACCAGUGGUUGGAAUACACCCGAUUGAAGAAGAUGCACAGAGAGACCAGAGCUCUGGUCGAAGGCAGGAUGAAUGAUGCUGAGCUGCGAGAUGCAUUUCAACAUUGGAGGCAGCACAGCAGUGAUAGUCAGCUUGCUGCCAGCUAUCUGGAUAAGAGGUUGAUGGAGAGAUAUUUCCGCACUUGGGCCUGCAUCAAGGAGAGAGAAUCGAAAGGGGAGAUACAGGCAGCAAUAGCAAUGCAGUUUGCAUCAAGCACAUUACUCAAAUCAGCAUGGAACAGGUGGAAAGAACAUUUCCUACAGAGCUUGUAUCCCAUUGGUCCUCGGCCCUCCUGGAGUGCCCAUUUCAGCCAGUCAGAACUCAUGUCUCAUAGGUGUGCCUCCUUUCAAGCGCAGACCCAGGGCAGGAAUGUGAAAGAGUGUCUGAUGUUCUGGAGAUUAAGAUGGAGACAGCUGGAAGAGGCCGAUGGCUACAGGUCAAAGGUCAUACUCAAGAGAUGCUUGAGAGCCUGGCAGAGCUGGAGUAGAGAGAAAAGAUGGAGGGAGAAUGCUGCUAGGACCAUUUUAGAAGCAAAACGGAAGAAAAUGGCUUUCAGACGCUGGAGGAUGCAGCUUGCUAAGCAGGACCUGGUCCAUACCCACUACCACGGAGCAGCUAACAAUCAUCUCAGCCUCAUCAUCCAGGUAUGGCAGGGGUGGGCAGAGACAACCAAGAGACUCCGCCUCACUCAUCAGGUCGUGAAGCAACGAUGCCGUGCUGGCCUCCUGAACGGGGCCUGGUUGUCAUGGAAACAGGAGGCAGAGAAAACCAGGCGAGCUAAGGCAUUCCAGGACGGGAAGAUUCUUCAUAGGACUUUCAGUGGAUGGAAAUCAGUAAUCCAUGGUGUGAAGCGGCAUAGACUGGGCAUGGAUUCCAUCCAGUCAAGGAAGAAACAUGCUACACUCUCUGCUUGCUUCAGACUCUGGCAGAUGGAAUACAAGGCCAGGAGGUUUGCUGUAAUGCAGGAGCACAGACAGGCUAGGAGUACACUGACCAAGGUCCUUACUGCGUGGAAGAUGUUUGUUGCAGAAAGGCGUCGUGAGAGACAAGAACAGAAUGAAGUCCUACAAGAGGCUUUUUCGAUUUGGCGAAAUCAGUACCUUGAAACGAAACGUAGAAAGCAAGUGACCCUGUCUGCUGCCACCCACUGGCGACAUUUAGUUAGGAGAUCAAGGGAGCUGACGGAGACCAUGAGUUUGUUCCGGAGCUCAUUGGAGGAAAGAAAGCUAAAACAAACAUUCAUCUGGUGGCAGAGGUCAUGGAUAGGCCAUCAGCUUUCUCAUCGUUUCUAUGGCAACACGCUCCUCAACAGAUCCAUGCAGGGAUUGAAAGAGCUGCUCCAGAGGUCUAGAAGACACAGUGUCUUGGAACAGCAUUUUGUAUCUCAGAGGAGGAAAGCUUUGUUGGAAGUGUACUUCAGGAAGUGGAAGGAUAGGCAAAGUCACAUGACAGACCUUCAUGUCACAGCCGCAAAGGUCAAAGGUGAAUUGGCAGACAAGUCAGUCGGUGUCGCAUUUCUCAUGUGGCGUCUACGCUAUCGAGAGAGACAGACUGAGCAUAGCUUCAAGCAUAAGCUCAUGUUGAAGACCUGGCAAACAUGGAGAGGAUCACAAGCCAAUUAUCAGAAAGCUGAAAGCAUGAGAGGAGAAAGAGAGAAGUCCCUACUGAGGCAGUCUUUCAAUGCCCUACGGAACUGGGCAAGAGAUCACUCGGGAAGGAGAAUCGUUCUGCAUUGUGUACAGACCAGGAAGAACCAUUUCACCCUCAAGAUGACAUUUGCAGUAUGGCAAGACGAGAGCCGAUUGAGACAGCUGGCCAAAGAUCAUCAUAACAUGUGCAUCCAAAGGAGGAUUCUAAUCGCUUGGAGGAGUUUCAGUCAGAAACAGAAGGUCUUAAAUGCUCUCCGCCAGAAGGUCGCAUGUCGAGUGAGUGAGAGAAGGCAACAUGAAGCUUUCAGAGUGUGGAGAGGCGCCUACCUUGCAACUCAAGAAGCAGAAGCUAAGAGGAAAGAGGAAGCAGCACUUCUUACUAGGUGCUUUAGUGACUGGCGUAAUGAGGUACACGAGGUCCAGGCCCAGCGACUGAGGGAGAGGAGGAGGAGGAUGAGAUGGGCGGUGGCAAGAUGGAGGAAGAGCAUGGAAAGAAAGAAAUUGAUAAGACAGUAUGAGAGCGAUCUAGAGGAGCUAGCAGUGCUUCACUGGGACCAUGGUGUGAGACGAGGAUAUUUCAACAAAUGGAGGUCAACUCUUCAAGCAGUCAGACAUCAAAGAAGACAGUGCUUUCUGGAACAGAAAUAUGGCCUCCUGUGGAAGCAGCAUGUCACUCAGAUGCUGAUGGCCCGAGCCAUGGCAAGGUACUUGAGGCUUGAGAGAUGUUGGAAAACUUGGAGGAAACACUUCAUAAUGGAUCGUGUCUCAAGGGAGAUGUUGGAACAGGAUCAACGUAUGCUUCUCACCAAGGUUUUCCACCGAUGGCGCCAACUUGCUACUCUACAGAGAACGGAACUAGGCUCUAAAGAAUGACUGCUCAUGGUCCUCGAACUCAUAAUGGACAUCUCGAUAUGUUGAUUGAGUUUCGUGCAGUGGAAAAUUGUUAUGAAACACUCUGGGGUCGUAAUCUAAAAAUGAUGUUAUGUAAGGAAAAAUGAUGUUUUGAAAAGUCAUGGAAAAUCACUGAAAUUGAUCGUGGGUGUGAGCUGUUCGUGGCUAUGGCAGCCUUCCAAUUUGAACUGACAAUUCGUACGCUGCAUGGAUCCCGCACCCAUACCAAAAAUGGUUCUUAUCUGGUCAUGGAAAAGGG